CUUCCUCGUCCGAAUCUUGAUAUAAUCGUCAAUCGGAGCUACGAUUUCUACAACGGUUUAAGGGAAUCGUUGAGCGCGGCCUUCCAUUCGAUGGGAUAUUGGAAGAGGGAUGAACAGGCGGCGGUCGGGGAGGCGGUAGCCGCCGGGCUUCGCAGCUUGGAGCGCCUCGUGCUGCAGCUCUCCCACCAACAGCCGCCGCCGGAUUGCCGGGAAAUCACGGAUCAGACGGUCGUCAGGUUCAAGCAGGUGAUCUCCGUACUGAACCGGACCGGCCACGCCCGCUUCCGCCGCGUCCCCCUCCCCGCCAUAGCGCCCGCGGCAGUGGAAGCGUCGGUAUCCCAAGACAUCGCGCCAGAAACUCCACCACUGACGGGGACGACGGCGCCUCAGGCCGCGACCCUGGACUUUACCAACCCAAAGGAGCACUUCAACGCCUCGGCGAUGAUGUCGGGGUCGGGCUCGUCUUUCCUCUCGUCUCUUACGGGCGGCGACGGCAGCGUGACCAGAAAGUUGGCUUCAGGAUCCUCUGUUCGCGUUCCCGCGGCCGGAGCGACGGUCGCGGUUUCAGCUAGGAAGCCGCCGCUCGCGUCCUCCAACAAGAGAAAGCAGCCCGCCGACCACUGCCACCAUGACGACGGAGCCAAGGCGACCGCCUCCGCCGGGCGCUGCCACUGCACGAAGAAAAGCAGGAAGGACCGUCAAAAAACUACGAUGCGCGUGCCGGCAACAAGUUCGAGGAACGGGGACAUCCCGGCGGACGAGCACUCCUGGCGCAAGUACGGGCAGAAGCCCAUCAAGGGCUCGCCUUACCCGAGGGGCUACUACAAGUGCAGCAGGGUGAAGGGCUGCCCUGCCCGGAAGCACGUGGAGCGGGCUCCCGAAGACCCGGCGAUCCUCCUCGUUACGUACGAGGGGGAGCACCGACACGGCCAGACUAAUCCCGGCGCCGGGAGGCCCUCUGGUUGACCACGGCGGCUAGUGCUCUGUUUACUUGAGUGGUUCCUUUUUUAUGUUCCUCGUGUUUUUUUAGGGAUAACAAUUUAGGAGGAUCGAGGAGGAUAUGGCGGGCGAUGCAUUAAAUAAUAUAUAUAUUAUAAAAACAUCCUCUGAAUUUAAUUCAUUGUCAUUCUUAAUUUUUUUUUUUAAUGGUUUAAUUUGUUAUGGAACAAAGGACCAUCGGAAAGUCAAACCUUUUGACCAACCAACAAAUGUGCAGCAAACCUUUUCGAAUAAAUUGAAUCGGAUUAAAUUAAUUGUUAUUAUUAUUCUUUUUUUCAAAAAAUGUUCUAGUCUAUUGGUUUA